CCCACCCCCUCUUUCUCCCUUCCUCCCUCUUCCCCAGUAGGUGUUGCACACGUGGCGACAACAACAACAACUAGCGUGGCGACGGGAUGUCGUCGCCCCAGAAUGAGUUCGAAAGGGUCAUGAACGCCCCAGCCGUCAACGGAGGCGAUGCUCAUCCCGCAGACGCCCUCAAGCGCAGGCGUGAUGACGACGACAACGUCAUCACCCGCUCGAAGAAGGCGGCGCCGUCCCCGCGCAGCCCCGUGCCGUUCAUCGACUCGUCCCUGAUCCUCGACAUGGUGCCGCAGUCGGAGCGAGAUCUGCUACAGCAGUGGGUGACCGAGGCGAGGGCCAAGACGGAGCUGGACCACGAGGGCAACCGGCGCGUGAGCAAUCCGUACGAGAGGCGGCCGCAGGAAGAGCCUCAGGGCGGCGGUGAGAAGGCCAACCGCAUGAGGCUCCUGUACAGAGGGACCAGGGACUCGUUCGACUGCCGGCAGUUCCAUCGCAUCUGUGACGGACAGGGACACACACUCACUGUGGCCCUCUCGGACAAGGGGUGAGGCAGGGAGGGAGAGAGGGAGGGACCGACACACUCGCACACGGAUGGACUUUGUGCCUGCAUAGCGCAUUCGCUAUGUCUGUAUUUUGUGUUGUGUGUCUAUCAUGCCAUGCAGUCACGUGUUUGGAGGGUACAGCACUCGCGAUUGGAAGAGCACCGGCAAGUUCGAGAACACCCUGCACAGCUGGCUAUUCGCCCUCUCCCCCCUCACCCCUCCACACACCGACACACACACAUCCCCACAACAGCAGCAGCACCAGCACCAGCAGCAGGAGGAUGAGGAGGAUGAGGACGACACCGACAAAGACAGAGAUGGGGAUGACGGCGGGCGCAGCAGCUCGGGCAAAACUGACAAGGACAAGCCCGUCACGUGGGAGCCCGUGCAAUGCCGUGUCCUCGCCCUCAACCAGGUAGGGAGGGACACACAGGAGCGAACAGUCAGGAUGAACCGCUAUCGUUGAUCCAGCCUGUCUGCUGUCUGUUCUGUUCUGACUGACCAUCAUCAGUUCACGGGCGUCUGCCACCGACCCGACUCCCUGCCCACGUUCGGCAGCGGCCACGACCUCUUCCUGGCCGACAAGGGCGACCUGAGAGACCUCUCAUACUGCUCAGUGGGGCACUCAUACCGCCUACCCAAAGAACAACAGACACGCUCGCCCCACCUCGCCGGUGGGCUCCGGUUCAAGCUGCAAGAGGUGGAGGUCUUUGCGGUGCGGUCGCCGAGCGAGCCGGACUUCCGCCAGGCCGCCGCCGUGGGCCGGCCGCCCUCUCGCACCAGCCAGCAGAUGGUGGGUGGGGGUGGUCGUCCGUCGCCCACCCUCCCCCCCAUGCAGUUCCCCGCCCCUGUCAUGCGUGGCCCCGCCACCGGCCCGUCGCCCUUCAGUUCGCUGGGCAACACGCCCCUCAAUCUGUCACAGGCGGCCGUCUUGCAGCAGAUGAGGCAGGGCAACCCCCAGCUCAUCAGCAGCUUCCUCGCCAUGUCCCAGCUGCAGCAACAGGCCGCCCAGCAGCAGCACAUGCAGCAGCUGCAGCAGAUGCAGGCGUCCUCCCAGCACCAGCAGCAGCAACAGCAGCAGCCACGGGCGCGGCGGCAGAAGCGUGGGAAGAAGGGUGGCGGCAAGAAACGCAGUCGAGGUGACGACGACGAGGGCAGCGAUGCGGAGUGGCAGGAGGAUGACGAGGACUCGAAUAGCGACUGACUGACUAAUUAGAGGAAGAAAGGGUAGUUGUAGAUGGUUAGGGAGAGACAGACAGACAGACAGACCUGGUUUGGCAUUGCUGCUGGGUGUGGGCGUGUCGCGUGCUCUGUCUCCGUGUCCGCCCGUUGGUGGAACCGCUGGUCCUUGCAUCUGGCCAGCCGUUUUCCCAACGAGACGACACUGAGAUGGAUGGCCGACAUGCGCGAUCACAGAACGUGUAUACCUAUCCAUCCGUACACAUGGACGUGUGAAGCCGAGCCAACGCGCAGCUUGUGGUGCGAGUGUGUUCGUAUGUAUGGUGAUCGGUCAAUACGUACACACAUUGAUUGAGCUUGAUUGAGCCAAUCGGUCGUGGAAGAGACUACCACCAUAGAUAGCGUCUCAUGUCCAAUGUCCUCAUGUGUAUGUAAGUCAUCGUCCAGC